AUGACGAGGAAUCCCGGUACUAUCCGGCGAUUAUGGUACAAUUGGAAGAUGAAGCAGUUGCCGUGGAGGAAGAAAUGGCUGGUGGGAUUUGACCUCCAAGGAAACACAUUUUGGGAGUUCAAAGACGCCCUCCACUCGAACCGCAACCGCAGAAUUGUCAAGUACAGUCGGUGGACACACUACAGCGACGUUAAUGUUGGACCGCUAUGGAUGCAGUGGCUGCGGCAUACGCGGUUUGAACCGCCUUCGCUCGCUGAACAGCAAGCCAACGUAGUUAGACAAGAGCGGAUAAAACUGCUCGCAGCGCAAGCCGAUGCUCGAUGGGCGGCGAAGCCCUCGGCGUUGGAUGCACCGGAUAAACAACAGCCAAUGCACAUGCUCGAGUCGAGAGAUACGAACACUGGAAUAAAGCAAGCGAACGUGGAUGAGGAAGUCUGGAGGAAGGCCGAACCAACCCAGACAAUGCAAGAUGAAAAUCGAGACGAGGAAGAAGAGGUGGCAAAAGACGGUCGUGGACACGUGGAAGAUGUCCCAACAUUAAGGACGCGAAAAGUAAUGCAAGAACCAAGAGACUCCCCCUGGAAGAAGCCUGCAAUAACAAAUCCUGGCGAUAACUGGCAGCCUGAGUCAUGGACACCGGCUCCGGCGAGGCGGCGAUCUUGAGAUAGCAAGGUGUAUUGACAAAUGUAUGAGUAUUUCAUGUAACAAUUGAC